AUGGCACCGCUAAUCACUAUUCUCAAAGUGCCUGAAGAACAGCUGCACAACAUCGAUGAGUAUGACCUCAAUGUCGUCCGCCUCUGCUUCCAAGCUUUCCUCCCCGACGAACACGGCAACUACACGUUAGCUCUUCCUCCUUUGAUUUCCAACCCCAUCUAUGACAACAGAGCUCCCAACACAGCAGAAUUAAGAAUUUGUCGUGUGAACAAGAACUGUGGAAGUGUAAAAGGAGGAGAUGAAAUAUUUCUACUGUGUGACAAAGUUCAAAAAGAUGAUAUAGAAGUCAGGUUUGUCUUGGACAACUGGGAGGCCAAAGGUUCCUUCUCACAAGCUGACGUUCACCGUCAAGUUGCAAUUGUGUUCAGAACGCCCCCGUUUCUCAAAGACAUCACCGAGCCCGUCACGGUGAAGAUGCAGCUGCGAAGACCUUCAGACCAGGAAGUCAGUGAACCUAUGGAUUUCAGAUACCUACCAGAUGAAAAGGAUCCGUAUGGCAACAAAGCAAAAAGGCAAAGAUCAACGUUGGCUUGGCAAAAGCUCAUACAGGACUGUGGAUCAAAUGCGACAGAGAGGCCCAAAGUAGCUCCAUUCCCCGCUGUCACUCCUGAGGGGAAGCUGAUUAAGAAAGAACCAAACAUGUUUUCACCCGCGCUGAUGAUGCCGGGGCUAGGAACCCUGGCCAACACUGGUCAGAUCUACCCUGCCUUCAACCAGAUUCCCCAUCAGCCUGCGCCGGUGGGGCCGGGGAAGCAAGACGCGCUCUCCUCGUGCUGGCAGCAGCUGUACAGCAGCCCCUCCUCCGCCGGCAGCCUGCUCAAUGCGCACCCGCAGAACAGCUUUGCGGCAGACGCGCCUCAGCCUGCUGCUCAGGGCAGCGGCUCUCUCCCAGCUUUCCACGACAGCCCCCUGAACUGGCCUGAUGAGAAGGAUUCGGGCUUCUACCGGAAUUUUGGCAGCACAAACGGGAUGGGAGGAGUGGCGGUGUCAACUGCAGACAUGCAGAGUGUUUCUAGUAACAGCGUCGUGCACCAGGCUCAUCCCGCCAGCAUCUCCACAGCCAGCAUCGUGAACAUGGAGACCGAUGACAUGAACUGCACUAGUAUAAACUUCGAAAAGUACAAUCCGGUGUUAAAUGCAAGCAAUCACAGGCAGCAGCUCCAUCAGGUGCCUCCAGCUUGCCCGUCUGUAGCAGCCCCGGGCAGCACGCCUUUUAAUUCGCAGUCUAACUUAGCUGAUCCAGCAGUUUACAGUUUUAUAGACCAAGAAGUUUUGAGCGAAUCAAGACUAUCCACCAACCCCAUCCCAAACCAUCAGAAUAGCAUUGCAGAUAACCAGUUCUAUGACACCGACGGUGUCCACACUGAUGAGCUCUAUCAGUCUUUCCAAUUUGAUAACAUUUUACAAAGCUAUAACCAUUGA